AUGUUAAGCGCGCUGGACGUGCUACAAGGAGCCUACUUUGCGACAUGGCAAGGCAUUUAUCCAACAGGAAUUGAUUGGACAUCUGCAGUGAUUGGCACUUAUGUUGCUGGUGCUCUCACCACUAUUACCAAGUCCUUUUCUGAACUUUCCUCGCCAAAAAUGAACGAGAACAUCAUCAAUAAAUACUUCACCGAAGUAGUUGGAUUUUAUUUUGGCCAGGAUGCCUUCUCUCUACGACAGCAAGCCUAUGAUGAUAUGUUAUGGGUAGUUCUUGGUUGGUUGGAUACUGUCAAAUUCAUUGAUUUGCACUCUGAAUUACACUAUUCGAACGACUCUCAGCCAGAGUGGUACGGACAACAAUACAAACCUGCAUUUGCCCACCGGGCGCGACUAUUUUGGGAAUUGGCAUCGCAAGGAUGGGACACGACUCUCUGUGGUGGUGGGAUGAUAUGGUCUCCAUACCUUACUCCAUACAAGAACGCAAUCACCAAUGAACUCUACAUCGCAGCUUCGAUAUCGAUGUACCUAUAUUUCCCUGGAGAUGACAAUCAAUCCCCAUUUAUUCAUUCCAGCCCUACAUAUCCACCUCGCGAUCCGAAAUAUCUACAGGCAGCUGUUGAUGCUUACAAGUGGCUGAGUGGCUCAAAUAUGACGGAUUUGCAAGGUCUAUAUGUCGACGGAUAUCAUAUCUCGAAUCUUUCUGGCGGUGACAAUACCCAUUGCGAUUCUAGAAAUGAAAUGGUAUAUACCUACAAUCAAGGCGUUUUGCUUACCGGACAACGUGGUCUGUAUGACGCGACCGCUGCACGAUCAUACCUUGUGGAUGGCCAUAAACUUAUCGCGAAUGUUAUUAAUGCCACAGGCUACGAUCUGAAAGACAAUGUUGUCAUCUCACCGCCACCCAAAGAUGGUUCCGCAUUGGCAAAGUGGUUUGGUCUUGGUAGAAAUGGAAUACUGGAAGAAGGUUGCGAUUCAAGUGCUUCGUGUUCUCAAAAUGGACAAACUUUCAAAGGCAUAUUCUUUCAUCAUUUGAUUGCAUUCUGUAGUGAUUUGCCACGAGAGCCUAUCGCAGGGACGAAAGAAAGUCUGGAACUCGACAGAGAGUGGCAUUCUGACAAGUGCUCAAAGUAUACAAAAUGGAUCAGGCGAAAUGCCGAAGCUGCAUUAAGUACUAAGAAUGAAGAAGGGAAAUUUGGUAUGUGGUGGGGUGUACCGGCCACUCAGAGUUCAUUUGCAGACUAUACACAGAAUCAGACAUCGGGUGGCUCUGUAGACUAUCGGAAUACUGGAGUUCCAAAGAAUGCCGAAUGGAGAGGAGAGGAAUACCCCAAAGAAGCGAAAGCAAGCAAGACUAGAGAAGGUGUAAAUAACGAUGGUGGGGUAGAAGAUCCCAAUGAUCGAGGUAGAGGAAGAACUGUUGAAACUCAGGGUGGAGGAUUAUCUGUCUUGAGAGCAUUAUGGGAGGUAGAACUGAGAUGA